AUGAGCCUCGAUGUAAUCGUCGGUAUCACCGUUGGAUCAUACUGCUUGGGCAGUCUGGUCGGAUGCGGUAUCAACUUCUUCAUCGGAGACUGGCUCGGCAGAAGACGCAUGAUAUGGCUCGCGAUGAUCUUGAUCAUCAUAGGCGCGACUCUUCAGACUUCAUCGGUCAACCUUGCUCAUCUCAUAAUAGGCAGAGUCAUAACUGGCUUUGGUACUGGUAUUGAUUCGUCUACUGUUCCCAUGUAUCAAAGCGAGCUUUCGAAGAAGGAGUCCAGAGGACGACUGGUCAGCUGGGAGAUCUGGUUCAUCGGAGUUGGAAUCGUGCUCUCAUACUGGAUCGAUUAUGGCUUCUCUUACGUCGAAUCCCACGUUGCAUGGAGAACACCAAUCGGUCUGCAACUGAUAUUUGCAAUCAUCGUUGUGUUCGUGGUAUGGGGUCUGCCAGAAUCUCCACGCUGGCUCGCCAAACGAGGUCGCAUCGAGGAAGCGGUUGAAGUCAUCUGUGCAGUAUGGGACCUCCAACCGGACGAUCCCUACGUCGUUGAAGAAAUGGCCGCUAUCCGCGCUGCAGUCGCUUUGGAGCAGUCAGAGGGCGCACAGUCUACGCUUGCAGUCUUCAAAAACGAUGCUCUCCAAACACGUCGCCGGGUCAUUCUAGCGUGGUUCGGACUUUUCAUGAACCAGAUGGGUGGCAUCAACCUCGUUGUCUACUACAUGCCGACUGUUCUUGUCCAAAAUGUUGGGUUGAGUAGGAACACUUCUCUCCUGAUCGCUGGCUUCGUUCAAUGCAUGUUCAUUGUCGGCAAUACACUUCCGGCUCUGGCUCUCGAUCGCAUGGGACGUCGCCCGACCAUGAUUUGGGGUUGCGGUUUGCUGAGUGGGUGCAUGAUGAUGAUCACGAUACUGCUUAGCAUCGGAGAGACGAAUACUUCAUCCGCGGCGAUUGCAUUCUUCUUCUUAUUCAUGCUGAUUUUUGGUGCUACGAUCAACGUGGUCCCAUGGGUCUACGGUCCAGAGAUCUUGCCUCUUGAAGCCAGAACUCGCGGCACAGCGAUCUCAGUCUCGGCUCAUUGGCUGUGGAACUUCUUCAUCGUCAUGAUCACACCUGUCCUGAUCAAUCGCAUCGACUGGCGUACUUACAUCAUCUUCACAAUUACCAACGCGGCCUUCGUACCAAUCGUCUACUUCUUCUACCCCGAGACGAGCAACAUCAGCUUGGAAGACAUUGACAAGAUCUUCCUUCCAGCGGAGAUGCAAGAUUACGCUACAAGGAAUUCGAUCGAGGUGGUGGACGGUUCUGGUUCUUCGAGCAAAGGCGACGUCACGAACCAGGUGGAAAAAGCAGUGUAG